AUGGCCGUCUACCUCGCCCUCGCCCUCGCCCUCGCCGCCCUCUGGGCCGUCAAGUAUGUCAUGGACUGGACAGCCGCAGUUAAUGCGCUUCGGAACUACCCCGGCCUGCGCUACGCCUUCGGCCCGGACAGCCUCGCAGUCAAGUCGCGCAUACCGUACUUCUCGGCGGGCUACUUCAACGUCUUCACGAGGAAGCACCGCGACUUUGAGGAGUUCGAUUCGGACAUUGUGUCGUCGGUGUCAUGGCUUCCGACACCGGGUCGCCUCCUUAUGCUCGCAGACGCGACGGCGAUCAAGGAAGUGACGGCAGACCGUGUGAAGUUCACGAAACCUCUCGCGGUGUACAAGAUCCUCAUGUUCUACGGCUCGAACGUCGUCGUGACCGAGGGAGACGAAUGGAAGCGCCACCGCAAGAUCUCCGCGCCGUCUUUCUCGGAGCGCAAUAAUCGCUUGGUGUGGGAUGAGACCAUGCACAUCGUCAAAGAGCUCAGCCAGGUCGUAUGGGCGGGCAAGCGCGAGGUCCCGGUGCCGAACGUCGUUGACUUGACAGUGCCGAUCGCGCUGUUCGUGAUCGGCGUGGCCGGUUUCGGCAAGCGGAUGAGCUGGUUUGAGGACCUGAAUGUACCGGAAGGAUAUCACUUCACCUUCAAGGAUGCACUGCAUAUAGUGUCGACGGACCUCCGCCUGAAGCUCUUCGUGCCCGAGUGGUUAUUGAAGCUCGGUCCUGCGAAGCGCCUACACAACUUCUGGACGGCAUAUGUGGACCUUGAGCACUACAUGCGAGACAUGAUUGACAGAAGGAAGGACUCGGAGAACAAGGAAGAGCGUUACGACCUGUUCAGCAGCUUGCUUGACGCGAACGAAGAGGAGAGCGAGGGAUCGGCGAAGUUGAGCGAUGGCGAGCUCAUGGGGAACAUCUUCAUCUACUUGAUAGCUGGACAUGAGACCACUGCGCACACUCUCGCAUUCACCUUCGUCAUGCUGGCUUUGUACCAAGACGAGCAAGAGAAGCUGUACCAACAUAUCAUGAGCGUCGCCACAGAUGGAAAGCUUCCCGCAUACGAAGAUAUGGGCAAGCUGUCAUACGUGCUGGCUGUUUUGCAAGAGACGAUGAGGAUGUUCCCGCCAGUCAUCAACAUCCCGAAGCACGCAGAAGAAGACACGACUCUCCCCACUCAGAACAUGGCGGGCGAGAAGCUGACGGUACCGUGCCCCAAGGGCACCGCCAUCAUGAUCCACACGCCUGGCUUGCAUUACAACUCGCGGUAUUGGAAGGACCCACACACCUUCAACCCCUCGCGCUUCCUCGGCGACUGGCCGCGCGAUGCGUUCCUGCCGUUCAGCGCGGGCCCGCGGUCGUGCCUCGGGCGGCGGUUCUCGGAGACGGAGGGCGUCGCGAUCCUGACGUACAUGAUCAAGCACUUCCGCGUGGACGUUCUCGAGGAGCCGCAGUUCGCGGGGGAGACGUUCGAGCAGCGCAAGAAGAGGCUGCUGAGGUGUCGCACGGCGCUGACGUUGUAG